AGUUGGGCUAUGUUGGGUGUAGUUGAAAAGUAUGAGUGGGGAGUGUAUUGGAAUAAUUGGAAUAUACUUGGGAUGGGACACGGGUCUCUGUCUCGCUCAUGCUGGGGCUACAAAAGCACAGAGACAAGUAAGAAAAUACUUUGUGUUGAUCAGAAAAAAUUAGCGAGUAUCUAACACCAUCAGUUUGCCAGUGACUACCAAGAUAUCAAGAUGGAAGACUACUGGGGUCUCGCGAGGAAUAAUGGUUUAAACUGUACCCCGCCAGCAAUUGAUGACUUUCCCAGGGAUUAUUUCACGGAGGAGCAGCGACAAGCUGGUGCUGUGGUGCUUCACAUAGUCGGCAGUUUGUAUUUAUUCGCAGCUCUGGCUGUUGUCUGUGAUAAAUACUUUGUACCUGCCGUUGAGAAAAUAUGUCAAGCACUUAAUAUGUCAAAUGACGUGGCGGGAGCGACAUUCAUGGCAGCAGCAACAUCAGCCCCCGAACUCUUUGUCAACGUGAUUGGGACAUUCAUUACGGAGGGUGAUAUUGGGAUAGGCACCAUAGUGGGAUCAGCUGUAUUCAACAUUCUGGCCGUGGCAGCGUGCUGUGGCAUUGGAGCUGGAAUGGUGGUGCCGCUCGAUUGGUGGCCCUUAACGAGGGAUUGCUUAGCUUAUGGAAUCACCGUUGCCAUUCUCAUUUGCAUAAUUCACGAUGAACGCGUGGAAUGGUAUGAGGCUCUAACGCUCGUGCUUCUCUACAUUGUUUACAUAGCCGUUAUGUAUUUUGACAAAUCCUUCCAGAAAUGUGCAAGAGGUAGUUUGAAGCACGCACGACAACGUAGGUCUCACGAUGGCACGGCGAGUAUUCGGUCAAAGAGCAGUCGGGAGAUGGAGACUCUCGAGGCUCACCUGCCCCUUCGAAUUGAGCACUUCCAGCAGAAUGGAAACAUCAAGAACAUCACCCACAUCGAUGCCAGCAACAAUGAACUCACCUCAGCCAUUGACACACAGUCCAAGACGACUCCUGUUCGGGUACCAGAACCACCGCCAGCCACGGAUACUCCUGACAAUUCCACAGUCGACGUGAAGCAGGACACUGAGGGAGGAGUACUGAAGAUGGAGGGAAAGGAAGUGCCAGAGGAUGCGGAGGAGAAUGAGGCAUUCUCGCUCCUUCGGUAUCCCUGUGAGGCCAGUUGUUUCAGGCAAUUCGUGUGGUUCAUCACCUGGCCCAUCCACUUAGUCUUCUUCUUCACCAUCCCAGACUGCGAGAAGCCGCGACUCAAGAAGUGGUUUCCGGUCACAUUUCUCAUGUGCAUCAUCUGGAUUGGGUCACUGUCCUACUUGGUGGCUUGGAUGAUAACCAUCAUUGGUGACACUCUCAAGAUUCCAGACUCAGUGAUGGGUAUCACCUUUUUGGCAGCUGGAACGAGUGUACCAGAGGCCGUGUCAAGUGUCAUUGUGGCGAAACAAGGGCACGGAUCAAUGGGCAUAAGCAAUUCAAUUGGAUCCAAUACGUUCGAUAUUCUACUGUGUUUGGGUCUGCCAUGGCUCAUUAAAGCCGCCUUCCUGCCCAUUGAGCCUGGUCACCACUGGGUCGGCAUCAAUUCAGCCGGUCUGGAAUACUCAGCCAUUUCCCUGCUCUCCACCCUCCUGAUGCUCUACAUUACAUUCUCAUGCAACAAAUUUCGCCUCGAUCGCAGAGUUGGACAUGUGUGUCUCAUCAUGUAUGCGGUAUUCUUAAUUCUAGCUAGUUUAAUUGAAUUAAAUGUGUUUUUCCGUGUCAAUUUGCCCACCUGUGGCCGGUGAGCAUUUUUCCAGCCACUCAAUCACUGAGAGAAAAACACACAAAAUCACCAAAAACACACCUAAGAAAAAAAUUCCACGUAGACAUUUGAUUUUAUAAUUUAUAUAAAAUUCCCCUCCUCCCUUCCCCCCACAUUCCCUUCUCCUUAGUACCCCGACAGGAGAGAUUACCAUUUGGGAAUUCGAUUGAAGAGAUUCCCUCCAGAGAAUCCAAUCUCUGUGACAUAAAUCUCAAUUUUCUGUCGAGAAAUUAAUUUGGGAUGAGAUGCGAAAGAAAAUGAGAAAGAUUAUGGGCAAAGCAUGAACAAAGUCAUUUGAGAAAACAAAA